UCCGCCGGCGCGGGCGUGAGCAUGAUGCUGAACCCGAACGCGGACCUGGAGGACGCCAAGGGGUACUGGAACUGGCUACGCGCCAACAUGGUGGACGGGCUCUACUCGGAGCAGGAGAUGAGCGACGCGCGUGAGCUCAAGGACGUGAAUGGCCGCAAGAUGGGCAAGAGUGAGGACGCGGCGGCGAAUCUGAGGGGGGGGAGGAAGAUGCGGUUCGGGAAGGCCAACGCGCAGAUUAACGACAUCCCAAAAAUUCGCCGUACUGACCCGCCUGCCGGAAUCAAAGCGUUUGUGCGAAAAGGCUGAUCAGCUCCGUAGGCCCUACAACUAUUGGAGAAAAUCUCGCGAAUCCCGUUCCGCAGCGAAAAUUGGAAUAUAAUCGCGCGAGACGGGAUUCGUGAGAUUCGCGAGAUUUUCUCCAACUAUUGUGUUUUCCUUGGUGCUCGCAUGUGUCUAGAUUACGCGUUCCUGGGUAGAGCUAUCUGUACUGGACUGGGUGGAGCAACGCAUUAGUGU